UCUACCUCCUCCCCCCGAUCCCCUUCUCCCUACGCCCACCUCCCCGGCUGCGCCCUCUCUCUUCCCCGCCGGCCGCGUUUCCAGCCGGCAGCUGAGUCCACACCGGCCGCGUAUCAAUCCCCUUCGUCGCCGCCCACCGGUCCAAGCUAUUCCCCUCCCGAAACCCUCCCUCGCUUCCACCGACCGGCCGGCCGACCAUGCCGCAGCUGCCGGACGAGCUCCUGGAGGAGAUCUUCCUCCGCCUCCCGCCGGACGAGCCCGCGGCGCUCGUGCGGGCCUCCCUCGCCAGCAAGCCCUGGCUCGCCCUCCUCACCGGCACCGCCUUCCGCGGCCGCUACCGCGAGUUCCACGGCGCUCCCCCGAUGCUGGGCUUCCUCUACUCGGUGUUCGACGUCUCCGGCCACGAGGGAGACCCCGCCCCACUCCUCGUCUCCACCUCCAAGUUCCGCGCGCGCAUUCCGGACUUCGCCAGUACGGACCAGGACUUUGAUUUGGUUGUGUGGGACUGCCGCCAUGGCCGGGUUCUCCUCGGGGAUGCGGAUUUGUCUUCUAGGCUGCUCGUGGUUUGGGACCCCAUGACGGGCUGCACUCGGCAGCUGGAUGGGCCGGACGAUAUUGGCAAGAUCGCGGUGCUCUGCGCGGUGAGCGGCUGCGACCACCGCUCGUGUCACGCCGGCCCGUUCAAGCUGGUCUGCGUCGCCGUGGACGAUAGUGUAGAUGGUGAGCAUGUUGCACGCGUAUGCGUGUCGUCGCCGGACAUGGGUGACUCUGAUGAGUGGAAGGAGCAGUGCCCUGGUCUUGAUGUUGCAGCGGAUGCAUUCAUCUAUGAUAUACCCGCUGUCCUCCUCCACGACGCACUCCACUUCAUACUUGGGUACUACGAUGAUAAUCGUGUGGGAAUUCUCAAGUACAGCUUGGCCUCUGAUUCUUUAUCAUUGAUUGAUGUGCCGUUUGCCGCUCGUGCCGAUAUCCUCAUGGCCAUGAAGGAUGGCAGUCUGGGGAUUGCACAUGUGGACAGCAGGUUAACCCUCUACGUGUGGUCCAGACAAAUAGAUUCCAACGGAGUUGCGUCAUGGACUCAUGGUAGAGUUGUGGAUCUUAAGAACAAUAUCCCUAUUAAAAAUCCCAAGAGAAUACCUAGUCUGAUCGGAUCUGUGGAGGGCAGUGAUAUCAUUUUCGUGAACACGGGUCAUUGCGUCUACGAGAUUGAUCUCAAGACACUAGAGUGGAAGGAGCGAAUGAAGGGGCGCAACUUCCAUUGUUUGAUUCCGUACAUGAGCUUCUACAAUCCUCCAGAAAGGAUGAUCCCUGGUGAUGCGUCACGUUGAGAAUGCGCGGUUGAGUAUGCAGGAUGCUACUACUCAUCAAUAAGAAACAUGACAACUUGGAGGCAUACUACUUAGUAGACUUUGGGUGCAGUGGUGCCUGCAUGUUUUCUCAUAUUAGUGUUGGCUUUUGUCUGUUAGUUUGACAGUUUCACCGUGUCGUCGUUUGCGUAAGUAGGUGAACCGUAAGUAGAUGUCCAGAACUAGCGGCUCCCUGAUAUUUCUAUCGAUAUAGAUAAUUUUGUUUGCACUACACCUACAUUUCAAGUGCCAAUGUGAUGUUGCUGCAGUUCUGUUAGAGAGCGAUGCUACUGAAGAGUAUAGAUUUAAACUGGUGUCUUGAGCUGUAAGUUUAUAGAGAUCUAACAGAGUAACAUGAUAUGAGCUGUGUCACUGCAUGGGGAUCUAACAGAGCUCUCACUUGUUUUAGAAAACCCGCAUAAAGUUCUCACUUAAUCCAGUAGCUCCAUGGAAUGUUAGGUCCAUGUAGUGAGAUGAAAAUGUGGUCAGAGAACAAGGCUAUAGUGAUCAAUGCAAUUGUCUUGGUAGUAUAAUUUCCAGACUGACUCCACUGAUUUUUCUUCUUACAUAAGAUUUGCUAUUACUCGAGAUCAUGAGCACACAUUUCUCUGUGCUUUCUCUAAGUCUAUCCUUCACGGGCACAACGAAUUGCAUUUUAAGUUGGCUGAUUUUCUGCAUGUCAUGUGAAUGCCUUGGAUUUACAUGACCCGCCCGUCUCUCUUCCACUUUUAUUUCAGAUGUGGUUUCUUUACAGUAGGAUAUAUAUUUUGAUCUUUUUUUGUAUCCAAUAUUUUGAUCUUAUUUGUGCACAAUGCUGCAGAAUUCUCUAGUCAACAGGAAAGAUGGUCACUAGGAGGCAACAUGGAGCUUGCGAUUAACUGUGUCACUAGCUGGUAGGUGUUUUUGGUGGUGCUUACUUUUCCAUGCUGUUCUUGGCUGUUGUAAGUUUUCCAUGCUUUUCCACUUGACGUGUAGUACCUCCGUUCCAUAAUUUUUGUCGUGGUUUUAGUUCAAAGAAUUAUGGAACGGAGGGAGUAAUAGUGUGGUUUCUGGCAUGCGCUUGUGACGUAGGCAUGGGCCUGGGCUGUCAGGUCUCAGGUGACUUACAAAUCUGACUGGGGUUUAUCCUCCUUCUUUAAAAGCGAAAUGUGAUUCUGAAAUCUGAAUUGACCAUGCAUGGCUCAAGUACUAAUUUGGUUUUGAGCGGUUAAAUCUUGGCCACAGGCCACCUGUUAAACUAGACCAGUUGGUUUUAACGUCGGUUAUGGCACCGCUUAUAUUCCGGGAAGUGUUGCUUUAUUCAUCGGCACUUGAAGAGUGAGGAUCAUCUAACAAGAUUGUUGGGACACAUACCCAGUUCUGAAGUAUGCGGAAGGGUGGCCCCGGGCGAUGCGGCACAUUGAGAAUGCACGGUUGAGUAUGCUGGAUGCUAUUCAUAAAUAGGAAACAUGACAACUUGGAGGCAUGUUGUGUGA